GAAUACAUUCCCUUAUGGGCGGGGCAGAUGAAAGCGCUCCCCCCCAAAAAAGGAGGAGCUAAGUAGCCAGGUUCGCUGUGGGCGGGGCUUUGGGAGAGACUACCGGAGAGGGGCGGAGCAUUAAAAAGAGGAAGGACUAAAGAGAACCUUCUAAAAGGGUGGGGCUGAGGACUCGAAGGCUGGGGACUAGAAAAAAGACACCCAAAUAUUUCAAAGGGGGAGCCAGGUCGGUAAAGGGCUUGGCGCAAACAGGCUCAGGAGGCAUGGCCUCGAGCCAGGAGGCGGGGCCUAGGUCUCAGAGUCCGCUGGAGCUGUCUCGCUCGCGUAGCUUCACCGCAUCCCGGUUCUUUUCCGUUAUUUUCUGCUACGGCCGUUCCCCGCCCUAUCCUGGGCCCAGGGGGCUGCGAUCUGAACUUGGGUCGGCUGGAGGAGUCAGAAAUGGGGAACGUGCAGUCGGAGCCGUCCGCGGGCGGGGGCUCCCAAAAAGAGCAGGCCUCAAACCGCACCUCUGACUCCCGCCGGACGUCCCUGGUGCAGCCCGAGGUGACCCCCUCCUCCCCGGCAACGCGCCUGGCUCGAGGGCUGGGUGUCUGGUUCCCUGGCAGCUCCGCACCCCCAGUACUCCUGGUACCCCCGGAGCCCCAGGCCUCACCCUCGCCCCUGCCCCUGACCUUAGAACUGCCCUCGCCAGUGACGCCCCCUCCAGAAGAGGCGGCUGUGGCCGCCGUCUCCACAACGCCCCCGCCCCCCGUGGGGUCUCUGCUGCCCGCGCCUUCUAAGUGGCGAAAGCCCACUGGCACUGCGGUGCCCCGAAUUCGAGGCCUGCUGGAGGCGAGCCACCGCGGCCAGGGCGACCCUCCCAGCCUCCGCCCGCUGCCGCUGCUGCCCAGGCAACUAACUGAAAAGGACCCUGCCCCGGGAGCCCCAGUCCCAGCUCCGACGCCCCCGGGACCUCGGAAACCGCCACCUCCGCCACCUUCCGACUGGCAGCCCUCGAGCGGUAGUAUCACUCCAGCCCUGGUAACCUGCGCCACCGGCCCCACCGACAGCCAGGCCAAGCUCAGCGCCGAGAGCCAGACGGCGGGCGGGGUCCGCGAGGGGGCGCCUCCCCAGGCGGGCGAAGGCGAAAUGGCCCGCUCUGCCGCUUCCGAGUCCGGUUUGAGCUUGCUGUGUAAAGUCACGUUCAAGUCGGGGACCACCUUGUCCCCUGCGGCAGCCUCAGCUCCUUUAACAGCCAAAACCUCCCUCGGAGGCGGCAGAAGCGGGGGACUCUUCGCCACCUCGGGCGCCAUCUCCUAUGCCCAGGUCUUGAAGCAGGGACCCUUGGCGCCUGGAGCUCCUCGACCUACCGGAGAGGUCCCUCGCGGGACACAGGACACCGAGGGCGGGGAAGGAGAUGGUGAAGGGUGUUCUGGUCCCCACUCGGCGCCCGAGUCCCACACCCGGGCCCUACCGCCGCCCACCUACACCACCUUUCCAGGCUCGAAACCUAAAUUCGACUGGGUGAGCACCCCCGAAGGUCCUGAACGCCACUUCCGCUUCAACGGGACUGGCGGAGGCAUCGGGGCGCCCCGACGGCGUGCAGCAGCGCUCUCGGGGCCCUGGGGCUCCCCCCCACCCCCGCGAGGGCAGAAGCACCCAGCUCCGGGGCCCCGGAGGCCAGCACCUGCCCUGUUGGCGCCGCCUAUGUUCAUCUUCCCGGCGCCCCCCAAUGGCGAGGCCGUGCGCCCCGCGCCUCCUGGUCAGCUGCAGUCACCGUCGCCACCGCCGCCGCCACCUCCGCCACCGCCGCCACCUCCACCACCACCGCCACCGCCGCCGCCACCACCACCACCGCCACCGCCCAGGGCACCAGCCACACCACCACCGCCGGUGCCUCCGCCCACAUCGCAGUCGCCGGCGACCCAGCAGAUACCAACGGCAGUGGCCCGCCAGCCCACUCCGCACCCAAGCCCUGGCCCCAGCCCUGGCCCCGGCACUGGUCCCGACCCCAACCCUGACCCUGACCCCGACUGCGACCCUGGCCCUGGAGAGUCGGCCCCAACUGCUCUUCUACCCUACACAAUGGCUGCGGAUCAGUCCCUGGCUCCGGUCCCCGUGCGGGCAGUGGCCCCACCCCUAUCUCCGGCCCCACCUCCAUCUCCAUCCCAAUCCCCAGCCCCAUCUCCAACCCCAUCCCCAGCUCCUGCCACCACCACCACCGAGCCAUUGACCCCCGGGCCUGUGCCUGUGCCCGCGCCCACCAAGACUCGCACACGCAGGAACAAGGGUUCCCGCACCUCCCGAGGGGCGACCCGUGAAGACCGCACGGCUGGAGUUGGUUCUCGCCAAAAGUCCACAGCAACCACGACUGAGAGCAAGGGCACUGGCAGCAGGGCGGCUCUGGCUGGGGUAGCUAAUUCCAGUGCGGUGCGACACUGGCCACCCUUCCAGGUGCUUAACUCUUGUCCCUGCAAGUGUUACUGCCGCCACCAGCCGCACCAUCGCCGCCUGCCAAGCAACGUGUCGGCCUGGCUGAGCACAACCACCAACCAUUUGAGCGAGCCACCCUGGGUCACCACCAUCAAGCUGGCUGGCUCCCUUGUAGCUGGGCUGGAGCACUAUGACUUGCAGGCCACCCAUUCUGACUGAGUUCUGUCUGUUCAACACCCCCUACCUCCCCCUCCAUGCCAAUAAAGUAUCCAGCACACAUGGCCACCAGUCACUGCUGUGGGCAGUAGGGUGGG